AUGUGGAAUUUCCUGAAUUCCAACCUGGUUCUUCAAGCCGACCGCUCUCUGAUCGACCGCACGCGCCGGGACGAGCCCACGGGCGAGGUUCUGUCCCUGGUGGGGAAACUCGAGGGGACCCGAAUGGGGGACAAAGCCCAGAGGACCAAACCCCAAAUGCAGGAGGAGAGAAGAGCCAAGAGGAGGAAGCGGGACGAGGACAGGCACGACAUCAACAAGAUGAAAGGUUACACCCUUCUGUCCGAGGGUAUCGACGAGAUGGUCGGGAUCAUCUACAAACCCAAGACCAAGGAAACUCGGGAAACCUACGAGGUUCUGCUCAGCUUCAUCCAGGCGGCCCUGGGGGAUCAGCCCCGGGAUAUCCUCUGCGGGGCGGCUGACGAGGUUCUGGCCGUGCUGAAGAACGAGAAGCUGCGGGACAAGGAGCGGCGCAAGGAGGUGGAGCUGCUGCUGGGCCCGGCCGACGACACGCGCUACCACGACGACACGCGCUACCACGUGCUGGUCAACCUGGGCAAGAAAAUCACCGACUACGGCGGGGACAAGGACAUCCAGAACAUGGAUGACAACAUCGACGAGACGUACGGGGUGAACGUUCAGUUCGAGUCUGACGAGGAGGAGGGGGACGAGGACAUUUACGGAGAAGUUCGGGACGAGGCUUCGGACGAUGACCUGGAAGGGGACGAGGCCGUGGUUCGCUGCACGCUCUCUGCCAACCUGGUGGCAGCAGGGGAGCUGAUGAGCUCCAAGAAGAAGGACCUGCACCCGCGGGACAUCGACGCCUUCUGGCUGCAGCGUCAGCUCAGCCGCUUCUACGACGACGCCAUCGUCUCCCAGAAAAAGGCGGAUGAGGUCCUGGAGAUCCUCAAGACCGCCAGCGACGACCGAGAAUGCGAAAACCAACUGGUUCUGCUGCUGGGCUUCAACACCUUCGACUUCAUCAAAGUCCUGCGGCAGCACCGGAUGAUGAUCCUGUACUGCACCUUGCUGGCCAGCGCGCAGAGCGAGGCGGAGAAGGAGAGGAUCAUGGGGAAGAUGGAGGCGGACCCCGAGCUCUCCAAGUUCCUCUACCAGCUCCACGAGACGGAGAAAGAGGAUCUGAUCCGGGAGGAACGCUCCCGGCGGGAACGCGUGCGGCAAUCCCGCAUGGACACCGACCUGGAAUCCAUGGAUCUAGACCAGGGAGGAGAGGCUCUGGCUCCCAGGCAGGUGCUGGAUUUGGAGGAUUUGGUGUUCUCCCAGGGCAGUCACUUCAUGGCCAACAAGCGCUGCCAGCUCCCGGACGGAUCAUUCCGGAGACAACGCAAGGGCUACGAGGAAGUUCACGUUCCUGCCCUCAAACCCAAACCCUUCGGAGCUGACGAGGCUCUGGCUCCCAGGCAGGUGCUGGAUUUGGAGGAUUUGGUGUUCUCCCAGGGCAGUCACUUCAUGGCCAACAAGCGCUGCCAGCUCCCGGACGGAUCAUUCCGGAGACAGCGCAAGGGCUACGAGGAAGUUCACGUUCCUGCCCUCAAACCCAAACCCUUCGGAGCUGACGAGGAUAAGAUCCACCUCCUCCACGACGACCGCGGGCCCGUGCUGGAGUCCCUGGUGGCCAGGGCCAUCAGGAACAUCGAGAUGACGCAGGAGGACGUGCGGCUGGUGGGGCUCAGCGCCACCCUGCCCAACUACGAGGACGUGGCCACCUUCCUGCGCGUGGACCCCGCCAAGGGCCUCUUCUACUUCGACAACAGUUUUCGACCGGUCCCUCUGGAGCAGACUUACGUGGGAAUCACGGAGAAAAAAGCCAUCAAACGUUUCCAGAUCAUGAACGAGAUCGUCUACGAGAAAAUCAUGGAGCACGCCGGGAAAAAUCAGGUUCUGGUGUUCGUGCACUCGCGGACCGAGGUUCUGCGCACCGAGGCCGAGCAGUGCAAGAACCUGGAGCUGAAGGAUUUGCUCCCGUACGGAUUCGCCAUCCACCACGCCGGGAUGACGCGCGUCGAUCGCACGUUGGUGGAAGAUCUUUUCGCCGAUAAACACAUCCAGGUCCUGGUGUCCACGGCCACGCUGGCGUGGGGCGUGAACCUUCCGGCGCACACGGUGAUCAUCAAAGGCACGCAGGUGUACAGUCCGGAAAAGGGACGCUGGACCGAGCUGGGAGCGCUCGACAUCCUCCAGAUGCUGGGCCGUGCCGGGAGGCCCCAGUACGACACCAAAGGCGAAGGAAUCCUCAUCACUUCCCACGGGGAGCUCCAGUAUUACCUGUCCCUGCUCAACCAGCAGCUCCCCAUCGAGAGCCAGAUGGUGGCCAAGCUCCCGGACAUGCUCAACGCCGAGGCCGUGCUGGGGAACGUCCAGAACGCCAAGGACGCGGUGAAUUGGUUGGGAUACACGUACCUGUACAUCCGCAUGCUCCGCUCGCCGACGCUUUACGGCAUUUCCCACGAGGAUCUGAAAUCGGAUCCGCUCCUGGAGCAGCGACGCCUCGACCUCGUCCACACGGCGGCGCUGAUGCUCGAUAAGAACAACCUGGUGAAGUACGACAAGAAAACCGGGAAUUUCCAGGUGACGGAGCUGGGCCGCAUCGCCAGCCAUUAUUACAUCACCAACGAGACGGUGCAGACGUACAACCAACUCCUGAAACCCACCCUGAGCGAGAUCGAGCUGUUCCGCGUCUUCUCCCUGUCCUCCGAGUUCCGCAACAUCACCGUGCGCGAGGAAGAGAAGUUGGAGCUGCAGAAACUUCUGGAACGCGUUCCCAUCCCGGUGAAGGAGAGCAUCGAGGAGCCCAGCGCCAAGAUCAACGUCCUGCUCCAGGCGUUCAUCUCGCAGCUGAAGCUGGAGGGAUUCGCGCUCAUGGCCGACAUGGUCUACGUCACCCAGUCGGCCGGCCGUUUGAUGCGCGCCAUCUUCGAGAUCGUCCUGAACCGCGGCUGGGCCCAGCUCACCGACAAAACCCUCAACCUCUGCAAGAUGAUCGACAAGCGCAUGUGGCAGUCCAUGUGUCCCCUGCGCCAGUUCAAGAAGCUCCCCGAGGAGGUGGUGAAGAAAAUCGAGAAGAAGAAUUUCCCCUUCGAGCGACUCUACGACCUCAACCACAACGAGAUCGGGGAGCUGAUCCGGAUGCCGAAAAUGGGGAAAACCAUCCACAAAUACGUUCACCUGUUCCCGAAGCUGGAGCUGUCGGUUCACCUGCAGCCCAUCACCCGCUCCACGCUCAAGGUGGAGCUCACCAUCGCUCCCGACUUCCAGUGGGACGAGAAGGUUCACGGCUCUUCCGAGGCUUUUUGGAUCCUGGUGGAGGAUGUGGACAGCGAGGUGAUCCUGCACCACGAAUAUUUCCUGCUCAAAGCCAAAUAUGCCCAGGAUGAGCAUCUGGUGACGUUCUUCGUUCCUGUCUUCGAGCCGCUGCCGCCGCAGUAUUUCAUCCGCGUGGUGUCCGACCGCUGGCUCUUGUUCAACACGGUUUACAACAGCGACGACAACGUUUUCGUGGGAGCGCCCACGGGCAGCGGGAAAACGAUCUGCGCGGAAUUCGCCAUCCUCCGCAUGCUCCUCCAGAAUUCCGAGGGUCGCUGCGUCUACAUCACCCCCAUGGAGGCUCUGGCCGAGCAGGUUUUCAUGGAUUGGUACGAGAAGUUCCAGGAACGCCUGAACAAGAAGGUUGUGCUCCUCACCGGAGAGACCAGCACGGACCUGAAGCUGCUGGGGAAAGGGAACAUCAUCAUCAGCACCCCGGAAAAGUGGGAUAUCCUCUCCCGCCGCUGGAAACAACGCAAGAACGUCCAGAACGUCAACCUGUUCAUCGUGGAUGAAGUGCACCUGAUCGGGGGCGAGAACGGGCCGGUGCUGGAGGUGAUCUGCUCGCGCAUGCGCUACAUCUCGUCGCAGAUCGAGCGGCCGAUCCGCAUCGUGGCGCUGAGCUCGUCGCUGUCCAACGCCAAGGACGUGGCGCAUUGGCUGGGCUGCAGCGCCACCGCCACCUUCAACUUCCACCCCAACGUGCGCCCCGUGCCCCUGGAGCUGCACAUCCAGGGUUUCAACAUCAGCCACACGCAGACACGGCUGCUGUCCAUGGCCAAGCCCGUGUACCAUGCCGUGAUGAAGCACUCGCCCAAAAAACCCGUCCUGGUCUUCGUCCCCUCCCGGAAACAGACGCGGCUCACGGCCAUCAACAUCCUCACCACCUGCGCCUCCGACGUCCAGCGGCACAGGUUCCUGCACUGCGCCGAGAAGGACCUGGUGCCGUACCUGGAGAAGCUGAGCGACCCCACCCUGAAGGAGACGCUGGUGAACGGCGUCGGGUACCUGCACGAGGGGCUGACGGCCAUGGAGCGACGCGUGGUGGAGCAGCUUUUCAGCUCCGGAGCCGUCCAGGUGAUGGUGGCCUCGCGCAGCCUCUGCUGGGGCAUGAACAUCUCGGCCCACCUGGUGAUCAUCAUGGACACGCAGUACUACAACGGCAAGAUCCACGCGUGAGCCGAGCC